GGCAGGUUCCAUCCACGGGUUCCCGUUGCAGGUCUCGGCAAGUUUGCUGUAGUAGAGGUAAGUAGAGGUAGGUCCAUAGUCGGGGGCCAGUGGCAUCGCUCGCUGCCAUCCACCACUCACCAGAGUCAAGUUUCCAGCCUGGCUUUUGUGCCUUCCUCUCUCGACUGUCAAGUGGUGAACACCUGCGGCUGCACCUGACUGGCAGACCGAUCAUUUGUUCCAGGAAGCCCGCCGACUGCCGCUCUAACACGCCCUGACACGCCCGUCCUCAGUAGUCCACUUCCAGAGUGCUCUGCUUCUCGAGAGUGCAGGUCUCCCCUCCAGGGCUUUGUUUCCCACUCGUCCAGCUGUCGAGACCCCGAAGUUCCAACUUGGCCGUUCCGGCGGGCUGCUGCACCGGCCAAACACCCACAUCCCGUCGAUUCAUCCGCCGAACAUCCAAUACCUCUAGUCUUCUUUCCUCCCGUCUACACUACCGUACACCUCGCCUCCAAGCUGAAGCCUCCAAACCUCCGUUGUCAAGGAUCCACGCAGACAGACCGUCCUCCUACCGAACACGCACCCGCACAGCCAGCAGCAGCAGCAGCAGCAGCACACCGCAGACAGACGGUCAACAACAUCCCAACUUGUACUAUUCACCUAAAGACAACCAAGUCCGCACUAGUCCCUCUUCACACUAAGUAUACCCAGCCUGAUCUUGAUUCAGGCCCCGUCCGAACGAAACAAACCCUGUCCCACCGCGCCUUGUCCUGCUACAGUCUACGAGUGCCCUCUGCCUGUCCAAGACGCCGGCCACCAAGCAACCCGCUACGCCAGAACCCUCGACCGGAACCUUUGACAAAGCUGGCCCCUAUUGACCCCAACAACAUAGCGCACGCGCCAUAAUAUCCAUUCGUGUUGCCGAGCACCACGACACUACUCAACAGUUAAUAUUCGACACUUGUUUAAGCUGGACUUUGGAGAGAUACUGCACAUGAGGAAUGCGAUUUUUCAGCCUUCAUCGCCGAAGCCACAGUAAAGAGAAAGAGAAAGAGAAGGAGAAGGAGAAGGAGAAAAGAAAGAGCAUAACCUUGCCUCUUCUGCGCCCUCGCUCCACCGAAAGACCAAGAACAACCGAAUCCACGCUCACAUCCACUACCACUACGACUCCCGCUCUCACUCCUACUCCCACUCUCACAAUCACAGAUACUACGGCGGCCACGACGCCUACGAUCACGACCGCGAAGCCAGUCACGCCCCCCCGCACGACGACUCCUCCCAGGACUGUCAUCGAGUCACCCGACAGUCACUGUUCUAACCAGUACGCCAUUGCGCGAUCCCACACCGGUCCUACCGAUGGUUAUGCCCUGAAUCCUCCAGAGGCUUCUGCGCCGUCUGAACAGCUUGAACAUCAGGACCAAAUGACUGGUGGCGCCAACGGGAGAGGAGGGCUAGGGUCGCUUCAACUUCCAACGCCGCAUUUACGGGCUUCCAAUCAGCACACUCUUGCACCCGUUGUGGAUGAUAUCCGGUCUCGGGACUCGGUGCGCAAGCCCUCCAGGCUUUCUUCCGAAGUUAGCUUCAACGAUAGCCCUUUCAGCGAACCGACAUCUGAAGAGAGGGACUUGCAGCAGGUAGAGAAUGGAAAGAGAACAGUCGGGGAAUCGCAGCGGGGUAAGAUGGAUACGUCCGAGGCAAAACGGCAGCUAAGUCAAUACCGUUUGCACUUGGCCCGCGAGAUGGAAAAAAGAGAGAUUGUUGCGGCAACGGAGAACCGGCUGGCCAUCCCGGGCCCGGCCCGCGUAUCUCCUAUACAGGAGGAGGCCAGCAGUCCCUCGCCACAGCUCCCCCAGAGCGGCAGCGAGCCUACCACGACAUCGACCGAGUCUGGGAAUACCAUCCGUGGCGGUGUCACCCCCGGCUUGACGGCUAGAACUCCCUCAUACCCCUUCCCGCGCAUGGCAUCCUCGCCCGGCUUUCCACACAGUGGCCUGCCAUUUCACCGCCCGUUUACCACGCUCUCACCAACUACAUUUCCGACUACGCAUUCGUCUACGGGCGCUCACGUCUCGUUUGCCGGCAUUCAGGGUCUUGACCAUUCUGUCUCUAACCCCUCUACUCCUGCCUCAGCAAUGACCUUUCUGCCCCCAGGGUGCUCCGGUACUGUGCAAGGUGAAUUUGCGACACCCAAUCUAUACGACCUGACCCUCAUGCUUUCGGCUGAGCCGGGCUUGGAUGCAUGGUGGCACACAGUUGUUCAGAUCAUGACUGAAGUGUACAGGGCUGAAAGGGUAACCCUGGCUGUGCCUGCCGAUCCGACGGAUAUUGAGAACGUGCCAUGGGGCCAAAAGGCAACGUACAACCCCCACCAGGAGGAUGGCCUGAGCCUAGGCUAUCUUGCUAGAGGCUCGAGCUUUGUCCACAGCAGUACCGACGAUAUCACCGACCUCUAUCAGAACAACGACGAAUCUCUCAAGCCCAAGGGCUUAGCGCGCCCCGGCCUGCCGAGCCGACACUCGUUUUCUUCUUAUGAAGACAGCAAGGACAAGAAGGAGUCGAUUGAACGAACGCCAGUGACACCCCUUCGGCCACCAAUGGCAUCGCGAAGCAAGACUGCUCACCCAGGAGUCGGACGCGAUCGAGAUGUGAGUGAGGAUGAUGAUGUUGCUGUGAGCUUGAAUCGUGAAGCUUUGGCAGAGCAUGACGCCCUUGAGGGCCAGCAGCCCAUCCCAAGCUGGGAAGCACCAAUAACCAAUAAGAGAGAAGGGCACGGGAAGCUCUUGAAUGUUCUCCAGGCAUUGGACUACGAAGCUGAUCCAUUAAUCGAUCACAAUGGGGUAUUGCGGGUUUUGGAACGUGGUCGUGUUGUUGCUCUUACUAGGUCAUACCCGUAUCUUACACAAACAUCGUCAACCGACAGCAAAGCCGCCGAUCCCAGAGUUGCGACGCGCAGCCAGUCGCCAGAGGGGCCACGGAAAAAGAUCAAGAAAAUUCGCACGCGAUCCGAGUCAGCGACUAAACUCUCUGCGCUUCUGGGCAGUGCGACUUUGUCAACCGCCGCAGGCAGGACCUCGGGCGGGCACGGCUUGGAGAAGAAAGCUACCGGAAUUGCCUCUCGCUUGGAUGACGAAUACCCAAGACCCCCGACACCCAAGUAUGAGGAGUACGAGCAGGCACCACCUUCUCCGUGGUCUCAAUCCCCGGCCCCGUCCCCCGCUGUGAGGGCUGACCCUAGCGAAAAUCCGUUCUUUGCGGAUGCCAUGGUCGAUGAGGAGUCGUUUAAUCCAGGCUCGGCUCCUCCUGACUACUCAGCUCUGCAACCACCUGAAGCUAUUGGGGUUGAUAACUCGUGGACGGUGUUGCAUAUCCCUUUAACCCAUGUCCUACUGUCGAAACCUCAGCAGCCAGGCUUUAAGCUGGAUUCGACGUUUUUGGAGCAAAAGAUGUCACAACGGGGCAAGUCAAGUCACACGCCGACAAUUCCUACUCCCUACCAAGAACCUGUCGCCAAGGAAAAGCACGCUCCGAUUGCGAUUCUGUCUAUACUCAGCCCCAUUAUCCCGUAUCCCACCAAUCUACGCCACUCGUUGGAGCACUUGGCACCACAUCUGGCCACAUCUUUUUCUCUGUGUCGUCACUAUACUAACCUCGAAACGGAGCUGAACGGUCUCCAGAAACGAAGGCCACAGACGGUUGGCUUUGGUGCGCUGGGUCCUGACGGACGUCCGCUGGCUGAUCCUACCGCUUUCACAAUGGGAUACCUCCCAACCGAUGACAGUAUCUCUCAGCAGUCGCACGCUGGCAGCAUAACCAGUCCUAGCGAGUACUCUGGUCCCUCUCGCAGUGUCAUCCACUCUCCGAAUGGGACGCCUACUUGGGAUUCCUCGGCUCUGAGUUAUCUAAUGGGCAAGAGGUCAUCCUCUGCCAGCCCAGCUCCUGUCGCCGCUGGGGACAGUUACUUCACCACCACGCCAAAGCCGGGAGGUACUGGUGUGGGACAACGAACCAAGACAGGAUCACGAGAAAGUACAACCCUUGAAAGGAAGGGUUCCUUGAAGAUACCCGGAGGGAAGUCUCAGUGGCAGGAUGCAGCUGGUGUCGCUCCCGUGUCGCAGGAGUCUCAGGGAAGCGGAGAAAGCAACCGCCGGAGUAUUGAUGAACCUUCGCCGACAAACUCACAACAGAAGACUGCCGUUCUCAAAGAGCAGCGGGAAGAAAGAGGCGGCAUCGCAAGCAGUCAGCCAGUCGAGACUCAACGGAGAAAGCCUGCUGGUACUCCCACAGGCCAGCAUCGGCACACGCAGUUGCACUCAUAUGGUGCCGACUUUGCCACCACAUUCCAGUCCCUUCCUCCGAGCUCCACCGUCGGCAAAGGUAUAAACCAGGGCGCAACGGCAUCUAGGCAAGGAUCGAUCUCAUCGACAGACAUGACACCACCAUCGGACAAGCUCAAAGGCCUUAUCCUUGACUCUUUGCCCGCUCAUGUCUUCGUAGCCCUUCCACAAACGGGUGAAAUCGUCUGGGUGAACAGUCGGUUCUUGACAUACCGCGGGCAAACCUCUAGCGAUUUGGCCGCAGACCCUUGGGGGAGCAUCCACCCUGAAGACAGAGAAGAGUACCUUCGUAAAUGGAGUGCGUCUGUCCGUACCGGGGAACCGCUCUCAGAGACCGUAAGAAUCCGUCGCUUCGACGGGGCUUAUCGGUGGUUCCAAGCGCGGGCUGUCGCCUCCAAGGACAAGCGGGGUGUUAUCAUGCAGUUCCUGGGUUCAUAUAUGGAUAUCCAUGAUAAGCAUGUCGCACAGCUCAGAGCAGCACGGCAGGAAGAGAUCGAGGUAUCGGAGGCAAAGCAUCGUCUGCUUGCUAACUUAAUCCCCCAGAUCAUCUUCACUGCAACUGAAGACGAGGGUAUCACUUUCGCGAACGAGCAAUGGCUUUCUUAUACCGGACAAGGUUUUGAUGAUGUUCUUGGACUUGGCUUCAUGGAUUUCGUGCACCCAGAGGAUCUGGCUAAAUGCCGGAUUCCCCUCGAACGACCCACCUCACCACAUGUCAGGCAGGACAAGACAAAGCAUGACCAUUCGCCUUCGCCCAGCAAGUUUGGCAUGGCCGCUAUGGGCAAACAGCCUGCUACCCCUCACGCUGAAAAUGUGUCUGGGCCCGUACACCCAGCUCUCACCCGACACAGCAGUAGCACCAGCAGUUCUGCUAACGAUCUCGCCGGUCCUAACCUGUCCGAGCUUGCCAGGCAGGGAGUCAUCAAAAUCAGCACCGACAGCAAGGGCCAGCUCUCAUACACAACAGAGAUCCGACUACGUUCCAAGACCGGCGAGUAUCGCUGGCAUCUCAUUCGAUGCGUUGAGAUUGAUAAUGUCGACUUUGGUAAUGGCGUCAGCUCUUAUUUCGGCUCUGCCACCGACAUCAACGAUCUGAAACUCCUGGAAACCAAGUUAAAGGAGGCUAUGGAGUCGAAGAGCCGUUUCCUUAGCAACAUGUCGCAUGAGAUCCGAACCCCUCUUAUUGGCAUUUCUGGUAUGGUCAGUUUCCUUCAGGAUACCACACUCAACGAGGAGCAACGUGAUUACACGAAUACCAUUCAGACCAGCGCCAACAGUCUGAUCAUGAUCAUCAACGAUAUCCUGGAUCUUUCCAAGGUUGAUGCAGGCAUGAUGAAGUUGAACUACGAAUGGUUUCACACGCGCUCUCUCAUCGAGGAUGUCAACGAGCUGGUGUCCACCAUGGCGAUCGCCAAGCGUCUCGAGCUCAACUAUGUUGUCGAAGAAGACGUGCCUGCAUGGGUCAAGGGUGAUAAGGUCCGAAUCCGCCAGGUCUUGCUCAACGUCAUCGGCAAUGCCAUCAAGUUCACUAAUGAAGGAGAGGUAUUCAGCCGCUGCAAGGUUGUUGUUCCCAACCAUGGCCAUUUGUACGAGAACGAGAUUAUGCUUGAGUUCUCCAUCAUUGACACUGGAAGAGGCUUCACCGAAGAGGAAGCCGAGUUGAUCUUCAAACCCUUCAGCCAGAUUGAUGGAAGCAGUACCCGCCAACACGGUGGAAGUGGCCUAGGUUUGGUCAUUUCGCGCCAACUGGUCGAGCUACACGGCGGUAAGAUGGACGGUAAGGCGGUGCUAGGAAAGGGAUCAACGUUCACCUUUACCGCAAGGUUUGGGCUUCCCACAGAAUCCGACAACCCUGACCUGGCUGCACCACCUGCGCCUACGCCAGGCCUUAUACCGGAAAUGAACAUUCUCCGUCGGUCCUCCAUGGCAUCCCCUCACAGUAGGCCAUAUCUCACUUCUGCACCUUCAUCGGGCUCAGUGGUACCUGUUGAGUCUGACACUAGAUCGCCGGCAGCAGUCUCCACCGGUAGCUCGGAACCGUCUAUCCACUCGUCACGCACCCGAAACACUGAACGCUCAUCCAUAUCGUCUGUCAACGUCGGGUCCUUAGCACGAUUUAGCGAGGCUGCCCGUGCUAGUGGGCACGAUUUGUCCCAGAUGAAGCUUGAAAUGCCUCAUGGCAGAGGAGGAGGUGGCUCCGACGCGGGCACGACCCCAACGCCUAGCAACUCCAGCAACGAGCGCCUGUCGAGGCCUACCAUUAAAGAGGGCGGUGGUUCAGAAGAUAGCGAUGGGUAUCACACAUCCCUAUUUUCCAUCUUGAUUAUCUGCCCGCAAACGCACAGCCGCGAAGCCACGACGAAGCAUAUCGAGAUGACGCUGCCAAAGAGUAACCCUCACCAGAUUACAGCGGUCGCAUCUGUUCAGGAGGCGCGCAAGCUGAUCGGUGGUGAGGACCCCGUCUUCUUCACGCACGUGGUGGUUAACCUUCCGACACCUGAGCAGAUCAUUGAGUUGAUGGAUGAAGUCCAGCGCUCAACCAUGAUUGGCCGCGGCGUUACCAUCCUCAUUCUCUCCGACUCGGUACAGCGACAGGCGGUUCUGAAGCAGGUAGCCGGUACCCAGUAUGAGGACAUUUUGUCUGAAAACCGGGUGACCUAUAUCUACAAACCUGUCAAGCCUUCACGGUUCGCGGUGAUCUUUGAUCCGGCCAAGGAGCGUGAUCUCAGCAUCGACCGGAACAGAUCAACGGCAGAGCAGUUAGUGGAAAACCAAAAGCAGAGUUACCUUGAGGUGGAGAAGCGCAUGGGCAACAAGGGGUACAAAGUCCUCUUAGUUGAGGACAACUUGGUCAACCAAAAGGUGCUGCAAAAGUAUCUUAAGAAGGUCGGCGUGGACGUGGAGUUGGUCGCAGACGGAGUAGAGUGCACUGAUGUCGUGUUUUCGCGGCCUCAUGACUACUUUUCGUUGAUCUUGUGCGAUCUCCACAUGCCACGCAAGGACGGAUAUCAAGCCUGCCGUGAAAUUCGUGAGUGGGAAGCCAAGGGCAACUUUCCUGGAAGGGCGUUGCCCAUCAUUGCCCUGUCGGCAAACGUCAUGAGUGACGUCCAGGAUAAGUGUCUCCAAGCAGGGUUCAACGACUACGUAACGAAACCUGUCGACUUUAUCAAUCUGAGUAAUGCUCUUUCGAGGUUCUUCUAAUAAAUCUGCCGACGGGACCUCACUACAUUAUUCGUUCACACACAAAAACACGGAAGAUGAAGAUAACGGACGGGAAAGGGGAGGGUAUGGGAAGUCACGAAGGAAAGAAUUGCUGGCAAACGGAAAUGGAACUGGCUUUCACAGGACUGGGAGGGAGGGGAAAUCAUUGCAUAUCAUCAUCCGUCAUCCGAAAUUAUUAUCUCAUCGUUAUUGUUUUCGAACACUUUGUGUUCUGUUGACAACGCUGAUAGAUAAAGGCGACAAAACGCACAAAGCCGAAAACUGCGAAGGGAGAGAGAGAGCGAGAAUUUUGCUAGAGAUACCAGUUGUUAUCACACCUUUCUGCUCUCUCUUUCCAUGUACUACUAAACAUAUGUCUUAAUUGUCUUUUUCUUUUACUUUCACUUCUGUUGUUUGUCCUUUCCUUCUCGUCUUGUUUAUUUUCUACAGGUCUACAGGUAUUGAAAAGGGUUUGGUUGGUUGGCGAAGGUUGAGAUGGGCUGGCUUCUUUUAUCUGGCAUGAGGAUUGGCAUCAGGGCAUAGUCAAUGAUUCAAAGGGUUUCUUCUUGUUUGUUAUCUGAUGUAAUGUUGCUCUAUGAAUGGAAUGCAUAAUGGGAGGUCUCGUUUAGAUAUCGCUAGUCGACAAUAAUCACGUUAAAUAUGAUGUGGCGGAACAGCCAAUCAUGAAA